AUGCUUCGCAGCUGGAUCAUUGCCUCUUUAUCUGAAGAUGUUCUUCCACACAUAGUCGGUACUUCGACAUCCUCUGAAGCCUGGACUUGUCUCAAGCAAGAUUUUGGAUCCCCUACCAAUACUCGUCUUCUUCAAUUACAUACUCAACUCCAAAACCUUCCCAAGGGUGACCUUCUUGUUGCCACUUACCUUCAAAAGGCCAAGCUUCUAGCUGACCAACUUGCUGUUGCAGGAAAACCACUUGAUGCUAAUGAAUUCAAUGCUAUAAUCUUCCGCAAUCUAGGGAAUGACUAUAGUGAUAUGGUCACUGCCAUGUCUACCAAAUUGAGUCCUAUCUCAUAUUCAGAACUUCAUAGUCUUCUUGUCAGUCAUGAAAUUCGCCUCCAAGAACAUGCCACUCACUCCACAAUUCUUCCUUCUGCUAAUAUGGCGUACAGGGGAUCAAAUUCCAAUUCGAACAGAGGCUCCUCAAAUCAGCACAACCGAAAUCCCUUCAAUUCGAACAAUCAAGGUUCAUCCAACUUCAACAACAAUCGCGGCUCAUCAACUUACAAUAACAGAUAUGACAAGCCCAAUGAUGCUUCUGCUCACAUUGCAUCCUUUCCCACUUCAAACAGUGAUUUUAGUGCUUGGUUCCCGGAUACUGGUGCCACUCACCAUGUCGCUCCAGAUAUUGCCAAUCUCUCUAUUGCUAAUAGCUACACUGGUCAAGAUCAAUUGAAAGUUGGUAAUGGUAAUGGGUUAAGUAUUUCUCAUGAGCAAAUAACAGGGAAACCUCUACUUCACGGGCUGAAUGAAAAUGGUCUCUAUAAGCUUUCCAACAUUGCCAUACCAAAUAAAAAUGACGGACCAAUGGUUCCAAUUAAUUCAAAGUCUAAUUCAUUUUUAUUGCCUAUAGAGCUACCUAGUUCAGCACGUGAUGUAAGGGCCUCCACACUUGGUAAUCUUUCUUCUCCUAUUGGUUCCCCUCCAUUAAAUUCUAAUAAUUCUCUUCCUUUAAGUGAUGCACCUAUUUACUCACCGAGUCUUCCCUCAAACUCAAAUUCCAUUUCAAAUUUAAAUUCUCACUCCAUUGUUAAUUCCCCUCCUAAUAAUGACAAUUCAAUUCUUUCCCAACAUGAUAAUAUUGCUCAUAACGUUACUAAUUCUAGUGGUCUAGAAUCAGUUGUGCAUUUGGUAGGUAAUCAAAGAGGCAAUCCCAGUCAUGGGCGUAAUGACACAAGAUACAAUCUUCACCCAAAACCCCCACCAAAUCCCAAGUAUACUAUUCCUCAUGCACUUUUGACAGAAGCUACCUCUCAACAUAAGCCCACAUGUUUCUCUGAAGCCAAUAAGCACAAGCAUUGGCGAGCAGCAAUGAAUGAUGAGCUCAAUGCACUGAUGCAUAAUGGCACAUGGUCUCUUGUUCCAUAUAAUCCUUCUAUGAAUGUUGUUGGUUGCAAGUGGGUCUUUCGUGUCAAACGCAAGACGGAUGGUACUAUAGAUUGCUACAAAGAAAGAUUGGUUGCCAAGGGUUUUCAUCAACAAGAGGGCGUUGAUUACACUGAGACAUUCAGUCCUGUUGUAAAAGCCACCACCAUUCGCACGGUCCUGUCAAUUGCUGUCAGCCACGGUUGGGAAACUCGUCAAUUAGAUGUAACUAAUGCCUUUCUCCAUGGCCAUUUAAAUGAAGAAGUGUACAUGAUUCAACCACCAGGUUUCGUUGAUGACACCAAACCUCAUCAUGUUUGCAAGCUUCAUUGCUCUUUAUAUGGCUUGAAACAAGCUCCCCGUGCUUGGUUUCAAUGCCUCAGUUCAUGUCUUCUCCAGCUUCAAUUUGUUGGCUCAAAGGUGGAUAGUUCAUUAUUCAUUUUUAAUGACAUGAGUAUUAUUAUUUAUGUUCUCAUAUACGUUGAUGAUAUCAUCAUCACUGGAAAUAACGGUGCCGCCAUUGCCAAUGUCAUCUCCACUCUAAGCUUGCAAUUCGCUUUGAAGGACCUAAACUUUUUGGGUAUUGAG